AUGGCGUCGGACAGGGAGAAGGAGAGGGAGGCGGAGCUGGAAGGUGCAAUGUACACCAACUGCCUUCUUUUGGGGCUAGAUCCGGCCAUCCUCAGCGUGGGAGCAAGUGGCAAUGUGCCCCGGGUGGGACACUUCCGCCAUUCUAACCCCAGGUUGGGGGAGCAGCUUCUCUAUUUCCUCCUUUCCGCACUCCGCGGUCCGGCACAGUCUGCUAAGGCAAGCGGGAUACUCCCUACUUUUUGUGAUCGAUCGUGUAUUCGUACCUUGGGGGACUUUGUGUCGACAAUUUCACGGGUUUCUUCUCGUUCUCCGUCUUUCUCCUUCCUUCCGUACCACUGAUAUCUCAUAAAUUCUCAGGAUUUUGACAAGGUGUGGCCAAUCUUCGACUCCACGCAGUCGCGGGACUUCCGUAAAGUGAGUUCCAAGUGUCAUUUCUUCGUAGCGAGACGAUACUUUGGCUUUCUCUUUCCAAAAUUUUCCAUCUUCUCUUAGCUCUGACACAAUACAAUUUCUUCUCCGGGACCCUGCUGGCCCUCUCGCCCGAAUAGAUUGUUCAAGGGAUCAUUAGUGAACUGGAGUCACAGGGUGCUUUGCCGAGGAGCAACUCUAGGGUUUCAUCCCUUGCGACAUGCUGUGGGCUAAGGUGAAUGCUUCAAAGAUUAACUGUGUUUAUGUUUGUCCUGUCUGAUACCCAAAAAUGAAAGAAGAUUUGUAAGUUAUGUUCUAGUUAUUCAAUAAAUUUAUUCUAUGCGUCUCUCUGCCAAAAGUACUAGAAUUGUACCCAAAUGUUUAAAGGUAUCAUAUAUAGCACUGUUUUCUGUGCACAAGAUUCUCUCAAAAUGAUCUGAGGCACAAGAGUAGCGAAAAUUUCAAGGUAUUUGGCAUUGGAUAUUCUAGAACGUUGAGAUUGUUUGCCUAAAACCCAAGACAGCAUUUUUUUUGAAAUAUAAGAAAACAAUUUUCACGUAGUCCUACUCUGGAGGCAUAAGCUUAAAGGGAGAAACAGAAGCAUUGGUGGAGGUUAAAACAGAAAACAGGAGAUGGAAUAAGGGGUGCAUCUUCUCAUCUGAAAUGCUUAAAUGAUGGAAAUAUGAAAAAUAUGAUAAUGAUGAGUUCCACUUAUUCUCUGUAUUCGUUUGUACUCUUGUUCCAAAUAUUCAGUCCUCAACAAAAUACGAUGUCAAAGUCUAAAGUAACUAAGAUUGAGAAGCUAAUUGAGAGAGUAAUUGCCAAUUCUGUCACAUAUUGGUGCCCAUGCUGGUGCUGAAUCUUUUUGUGGAAACUACUUGGUGCGAAAUUCAAAUUAGAAAUAAAAGAUCUUGGCUGUUGGACGGAAUAGUAUAAAUUUGUCAAAAGCUGAAUUCCUGGACAUAAAUUAAGGGUGCUCUCAAUCUUAACAGAUGGUGUUAGAUUUUGCAAUAUAAUUGUCAUCAAAAUGUACUGACGUACAGAUCUAGUCUUAAGUUUCCCAAUAUUUUCAAGAAGAGAUUAUGGAAUAAUGUGUAUUUUUGUUGAAUGAUAGGGGAGUGAAAUACAAGGACUUUUAUCCUAUUAAACAUUGUCAUCUCUGCUGGAAGAAGUCUAAACUGGGGGGCUGGGACGCUGUAUUAGCAGCUUUUGAAGUGAUAAACGAUAGCAUAUCCCCUAUUUAGAGAGCUAUCCAAGUAAAGAGGGAUUCAUUGAGAAAAAUUGGUAAUGCUUUGGAAACUCUAUUUUGGUUUGGUAAUUAGACUCUAGUGUUAUUCUUUAUGCGAAAAAUCCAAAGUGACGCUCAAUUACAGGGGAUACAUUGGCAGAGAUGCACAAGAGUCAAAAAUAUGCUAUCAGCACAAAGCAGUAUUGAAGAAAUGAGAGCGUUGAUUAUGCUACCUCCUGCAAACAGAUAACUUGCUUUUACAGCGUGGAAUCAUCAUAAUGUCAUGGCAAGUUAUAUUCAGGGAUUGGAAGGCCACAUAGUCUGAAUCUUUAUUAGCGGACAGUUGAUAGAGGAUAUUGGAAGAAAUUUAUGAUCCUGCUAAAAAAGUUAUUUGAGCAAUGAUUUUGGCUGCAGUGCUUUGGGCCACAUGGAGGGAAACGAAUGAAAAGAUCUCCAGAUUAGAUUUCAGGAAUCAAUUUACAUCUUAAAUACUUCUUUAGUCCUGAUCAAUUAUUGGCAAAGAAGGCUCGUUAUUGCAGCGAUGUGAACUCAAGAAUUCAAAAAGGGUCCUGAUUGAAGCAACCUUUUUAUUUUUCUUUCUUCCCAGAGCCUUCCUAGGAAAAGUAUCAUGUGCUGAGGAUUAAUCUUAGGGAUGGAAAUUGGUAGUGUUUGCACCUACCUCUCCUUUUCGCUGCCUGAAUGUUAAUGAUUUCAGUGAGUAAUGAUUUACUGAAUUGUUAAUUGCAUAUCGUAUUAAAACUUAAGAUUUUGUUAAAUAAAGCUUAUAUUUCAGAGCUGGUAGUAUUUCUUCCUUACAUUGUAGAUUUUGAAGAGUAUGAUAUUGAUCUUUGGUCCUUCUAUCUCGUGAUUUCGCCUCUUUAUCCCUGGAGGAUUGAUAUCUCAGCCUUUAUGCACAUUUGCAUCAUUUUUUUUCUCUUGAUUUUUUUCUCAGUCCAUUUUCUUAUGUUUCCUUUGUUAAAGCUGUCUAGUAUGAUUAUUCUGUUUUUCUCUAUAUGAAUUUACUCAUUCACCAAUGAUUAUUUUUAUCUGCAGAGGAGCAAUGGCUCUGUCUAAUUUUACCUAUGCUUUCAGAACUCUCAUGUAGAUUACUUCUGUCACCAUGGGCUUUCUUCAAUUAGUUCUUUGUCUGAAUUGUAAAACUUUAUCAUGUCAGAUUUGUUGAGCUAUUAUGGCAGCUCUCUGUCCAUGCCUUACGUGAGGUCCACAAACGGAUAUUUUCAGCUGAUGUAGCCUCUAAUCCUCUACCUGCCUCCUUGACGGAUGUGUCUUACUUACAUGCAGCUUCAUUACUUCCGAUCACCAAGGUAAUCUCAAUGACGUUUUCUGCUUCUAUGACAUAAUUCUUCACUUGCCCUCCCGAUUUUCUUUAUCACAGUCAAAAUCGGAUUGUGCGCGUUGAAACUGAAGUAAGAGGUUGAUAGAAGGUUUUGACAAUGAUAUUUGAAUCAUUAGCUUCAUAAUUUUGGCUCAUUCUUUCUUGCUUCUGUGCCAUUUUGAGAGGGUGGAGUAUCCCAUCAUGUUUUAUUCCAUGUUCAAGGGUUAUCUUCUCUUUGAAGGUGAGCAUGACUUGGCUUUAAGUAGUUCAAGGCAUUUCUUUUCGGAGAGACGGAUGGCUGUGAAGAACUAGUUAGUGUGAAGACAAUGUUGGAUCAUGCUCCUGGAUAUCUAGAUGACACUUGAUGUGUAGAAAGUCUGCAGGAAGAAAGGAAGGGUAGAUUUGGUCCCCAGACAAGGUUCCAUUGACUUAGCGGUUGUGAAGAUCAGGGAACAGAAAGGACAUUAUGUGGAUAAGGAAUUGACAGAACAUGUUUCUAUCAAUGGAGUACUGAAGCACCUUGCAUAUAAGGUCUCUCUGUAUAAUGAAGGAAUAUUUUCUUCAGUUAGAUUUUAAAGUAACUCACCAUUGCCUGGCCGAGCAAUGGUAAAGAUGUGUGGUUUUGUGAAUAUUUUGUAGUAGCCUCCUACUGAUGAACCAAUUUAAUAUGAUAUGACCUAUCCUUAUAUGAAGGUUGCUAUCAGGUUCUAAUUGUCUAUUUAGUUAAAGGUCUUUGUAUGUGAAGUCGACAGUAAAUUUUGCUGAUCAAGAUUUAUAUCUUAAUUGAAUAUUUUUUAUUAUUAUUUUAAUGAUAUGGUAAUAGUUUUAACUCAUGUAAACGAAUGGAUUGUUGCCUUCAUUGUCUCAAUUAUUUUGUUUGAUACAAAGAUGUUAUUGCUUCUGAUAAAUCUGAAUAGAUCAUGGGGUCCGUUUUGUCCACUUGUGAAGGGGCUAGGUCUAGGGUUGAGUAGAUCCCAGGGAUCCAAACGGGCUCCUCUUGCUCACCUCAGGAUUAGACCCCAGGGCUAUGCCUAACCAAGCCCCCAAAGGCUUGCUUGGACUGGUUAGGUGGCUUGGACCGGAGCCUCAUGGCGAUCCAUGCCGUCCCAUCCUGCUCACUUGGGAAAGAGCCAAGGCUAGACCUUCCAAAAUGGUUGGAGGUGGCCCCAUCUUGGUACCUCGUCCCCAUCUAUUACAUUUCAAACUGGAACGGUAGAUUGAAUAGCUCUUGAAGAAUCCUCUUGUAAUUCGUCUGCUUAAACAAUGCAAUUAACUUUUUCCCUGACAGUUAUUUCUCCACGUGGAUUAUUUACUUAACUUUCUUGUCAUUUAUCCAGAUGAAGCAUAUUUUAUGAAACCAAUUGUUAAUGUCUUUUAUAAUAGAGAAGAUGCGUGGGUGAUUUUUCAAUUGUUGUAAAAUACAUGAGAGAUUGAUGAGGAAUAUGUUGCCAUACUAUUGGUAAUAAUACAUCAACAAAUGUUGCUACCGCAAAAUUAUUGAUGGAUCAGAAAAAACAUGACAUAAAUCUCUUUGGGUAGCACUGUCUAGAUUUGAUGCUGGAAAAUAUAAUCAAAAUGAAAAAAUACAAAAAAGAUGCGAAAAUCGACAACUAGGAGAGAUUUCGCUUGAUGGGGAAUUCGCUCUUUUGUUUCUUACAUUUAGUGCUUGCUUGCAUAUUAAGAUAAGUUGACUCGAAUCCUUGUCUCUAUUGCUUGGAGCUUAUCAAUCGAACCAUAACAUGUUGAAUUUUGAACAUGCCUUUCUAAUGAAUUUUGUUAUUCAUGGUGAAAUUUUUAUAUACGUCCACUCUGUUUUUCUUCUUUCUUGAGUAUACUUUCGAACAUUGGGCAUGUCUUUUUCCCUCUUUUCUCAUUUCAAUUACUUCCCUCUUGAUUUGACUAAUGUAUGCAACAACAAGACAGACCUCUUUGGUGUAAUUUUCCCUUGCUAAUUCCUCAAUAUUGAAAACAAACUUCAGUACAAAUUGUAUCAUCGUAACUGCCAUUUCAUUUGUCCCCUUCUUCAAAGUUAACUCUGUUCUUCUCAUUCUUAUUCAUCUAAAUGUAUUAUUCCGCUAGAAUUGCUGCAUCUGACUUAAAACAUUGGAAACAUCAGGAAACCUCCAAUUAGUUUGUCUUUUAAUCCCUCCACUUGAGGCAAAUCCAUGUAGCUCAUAUUUACUUUAUUUUUGUCAUUUGGAUCAGGCUAAUUAAUUCUAUCCAACCUGGGGAUGUGAUAUCUCAUCGUUGCUUUUGUUAUUAAAAAAAUCUUGUCUUCAGAGGUAUUGAAGAGAUUUUUGUGGGAGAGUCCUUGUUACUUCUUUACUUUCCUUUUUGGUUCAGCCUAUCUUGCCUUCAGAGGAUUAACAGAUAAUUGUUAGCCGCACUUGGAGUUUUUGGUGCAAUAAGAUCGCAUGAUAAUGUUUUACUGUGAAAAGGCAUUUUUUGUUAAACUUUUCAUUUGCUAUCUUCCAGUUCUGGAGCUUCCACUUUAGGAAAAUUUUCUGGGAAUUUAAUCAUUUCACGAUGGAAUCAUUUUUCCUUAACAGGCUAGGAUAGCACUUGAGCGAAGGAAAUUUCUUAAAAAUGCUACUACUUCUGUUCAAAGACAAGCUACAUGGUCUAACUUAGCGCAUGAAAUGACGGCUGAAUUUCGUGCUCUUUGUGCUGAAGAGGUAGAUGGUAAUUUUAUUGUCCUUUUUAUCAGUGGCAAGUUCUUCACUCUUUAUGCCUUUACUUUUUAUAGAUAUCAGGUUUUGUUCUAAUUCUUCAAAUCUCGGAAUGACUUUAUAUUAGUUGUUUACCUGCUGUGUAGGCUUAUUUGCAACAAGAACUAGAAAAGCUUCAAUAUUUGAGAAACAAAGCUAACUUGGAUGGUGAAUCAUGGGAUGACUCUUCAUUUGGUUCUCUUAGUCAAAACUCUCAUCUUGUACAGAAGGCAACUCGUCUGUGGGAUUCUUUAUUAGGCCGAAUGAGUAAGAAGUCACUUCAAGUGACAAAUUUAUUUAUUUUAUUUGUAUUUCAGUCCAAGUUUUCUUAAACUGUUAUGCUGAUUUGUAUCAGUUUCAUGUACAGAAUAAAAACAUCUUCCUUCCUUGUUUCUCCUUUACUUUUAUUUACCAAGGAAUAUUUUCAUAUUAUCUUACUUUGGAAUCAUUUUAAACUUCAUGCAUCUUGCCUUAUUUUUAAAUGCAACCUGUUCAAAAAAUUAGUUUUAUCCCACAUUUUCUGAGAUAUUCAUCAUAUUCUUUUGACGAUAUUGAAAUUUAAUAAAAAAAAUUCCAUAUUGUGUUGCCUUAUGAUUGAAAUGUUAGAAUGAUCCCGAAUGGUUAAUAUGAAAUUGUACCUCGAGUGAUAGCCCAAUAACUGUGAUGUGGCUCAAAGCUGAUAAUAUCUUUUAGGCUACUAGUACUCCAUUUAUGUUUUGCACUUGAUGAAGCCUAAAUACUCUUCUUGUGUACGAGGAGACACGAGAAUAAUCCUUUAAUAAUUAAUAGUUAAGCCUAUGAUUAUAAAGAUAGGCUUACUCUACCUAUUGUCUUGAGUUGGAUGGUCCGAUAGCUGUAACAUAAAACUCUAGUCCCUAUGUUUGAACAAGAUUUCUUGUUGUAUAUCAGCUUUAUAGCCUAGGUAAUUUACAUGGUUCAUCGAAAAAAUUAGCAAAACUGAACAUGAAUAUGAACUGUAGAGUGAUCAAUGCUUAGUGACUUGCACAUAGCAGUCGCCUGUAGGUCUAAGUUAUGACUAGCUUUUGUUUUGAAGCUGGCUCCUUCACAGAAAAAACCUAUGGAAUUGGCUGACAAUGUCUCAACUUUAUUCUUGGACUCAAAGUCAAGAUCGAAAUGGGAAUUUGAAUAUGGGUGGAGGUCUGUUUGGCAUAUAUUCCUAGACUUGGAGAUUCAGGGAUGACUUUAAACUGGAAACUACCAAGGACCCCCAUUGCUAGUAGAAGUUGUCGCACGACCUAGUUACAGAUGGUACUAAACUUUAUUGGACUUGUAUUUUCUGAAAUUUUAUUAAAUUUAUUUAAAUUUAUUUAUUUAAUCACCUUAAAAGUCUUCAUUUCAUCCUGAUGAUUGUGGAAUCGCACCAAGUCCGACCUUUAAGGUAUAUGGACUGUCAUGACGAAACAGUAGUUAUUGGUUGCUCCUGCUUGAUUUAGGCAUCAAGCAGCCCUACAACUGGACUGCAUAUGGUGAAGAGUUAAAAGACAUGUCGAAAACAGGUUGAUAGGCCAAAAAUUCACUCUGGUUUGUUGCAUCCAAUCUUAAUAACUGAUCCUUUAAAUCUUAAUUAUGACAUAUGCUUAAUUUCUCUAUUGUUAUUCUUUUCUCGUUUUUGCAACUUGUCGUAUCUUGCCAUUCAGUUAUGAAAUGUUUAUGCAAGUCAACACAGUUUGUAUGUUGGUGUUCUUUCUUCUCUCCAGCUCAACAUGAAGUUCUUGCUUCAGGACCAAUUGAGGACUUAAUAGCUCAUCGUGAGCACAGGUUUUGUUUUUGAGUUUUUUUUUCUGCUUUUAUAUAAUUCCGAUGUAUCUUAUCUCCUAGUUGUAAUCUGUCAUGGUCAACUUGAUAUUUGCAGGUAUCGAAUCUCUGGGUCAUCUUUGCUUGCCGCAAUGGACCCAAGUUCUGAUGUCCCUUGUACAGAUACAGUCUCAGUCCAAUCAAGUGAUAUUCCUCUGCCAUUCAAUGAACAGAACCAAGACGUGUCAAGUGGUUCUCAAGGACAAAAUGAAACUGUUUCUCGGGUCAGUGAAGGAAGCAGAAGGAUGGAAUCCACUGUUGAUGUUGCAGAGGUUCUAAGGUGCUGGACUCAUGCUUUGCAGCGGAUACAUAAGCAAUCACUUCAUCUGGUAUGUUCAUAUUGUUUUCAAGGAUGCACUAAGAAAAUGAUAAACUUAAGCAUAGUUUUUUAUCCUUUUUCUUUUUCUCAGAAUGUUCCAACUUUUUUAUGUGAUUAGAAAUGCAUAAUGUUAGCCGCAAUUGAGUUCAUUCAUACCAUGACCUGUAAUAUCAAAUUGAGCUUUGCAUUCUGGUGAAGGCCCAUUUCAUGUAAAUAAACAAGUGAUAGGGAUUUCUCUGUAAACUGCAGCUCGUGAAUUCUUGCUACUUCAGGCCCAAGCAAAACAAAGGGUUUGUUGUUAAAUAUCGUCCACACUAACCUUUUCUGUCAAGAAAAGGUUAUUGCUAAAUUCCACCAAAUAUACAAAUGAGCUUAAUCAUACAUGUCUUCCAAUUAUAUCUUAUGAAUCUCCCGCACUAACCUUCUCCCCAAAUGAAACGGGGAUUUUAGUGAAUAACAAAAUAGCACACUUGGUCGGUCAAGUUGGUCAAUUUUAUGACUCCCUACUAGAGCCCACGUAUGAUAUAUGCCUUAAAAUGAAGAGCCUUAAGCACGAAGAGAAAAAUCAGGUCUUUCCUUUAAAAAAAGUUUAAUGCAUGUACCUAGGUUUGCUCGCUUGAAAUGUGUGACAAAAACUAAAUGUUUUUUUCGUUGGUUUGGUUGUUUUAUUGACAGUAAAUUUAUGAUUAUCUAUGGUGGCUCAACAUAUUGAUUUGACAUUGCUGACAAUUAGGAACUAAACGUGCAUGGGGUGUGCUUUCGGGUUUCGUAUUUAUGUCUAUUAUUUGAGCAUUUUGGAGACGUCCACUGUCCAUAGCUAAAAUUUCCUUCCCGCUUCUAUUAGGCGUUGCAACAUUUGAUGUGCGUUCUGAAAUUGUAACUUUUUUAUGUUACAUUUCCUCGUCACAUUUCUGACAGCAGUUUAUUUUAUUGAUGGUGUACGGAAUUUUUAUUGAUGACAUGCAUUUAGGUGAAGGUCAACGAUGGAUCUGGUCCUGAGCUUCUUCAGUGCUCUGAUACUGAUAGUAAUGCACACACUGAGUCACUGACUGCCACUCUUGCUGAACAUCGCCAACAUUUAGUUAGCAUGCAGGUAGUCGAAGCUCUUACCUUUCGUACACUUUUUUCUUGCUUGUUUGAGAUGUCCGAAAAGUCUUUUUUUAUUUUAUUAAACCCAUAUGAGAUCCCUAGGGAUAACACCAUGAUAAAGUUUGGUCAUGUGAAUUGUGUGGUAAACAUAAGAGAGAUAGAAAAUUAAAAGGUACCUUGGGGUUAAACCAGUUUGUGGGCUAGGAUUCUUUGCCAUCAGUAAAGGCAUCAUCAAGCAGUAAGGAGAGUGUUUGAGCAUUGAAUGGGAUAGAAUGUGUGAAACAAAAAAAAUCCAACUAUGGGGCAUCUGUCUAAUUUAGGAAAUGUUGCUAUUACUGAACAAUAUUUUUUUAUUAACAUGUGCAUCACCAAUGCUUUGUGCCCAGCGUUUUUUGUGAUCGAUAUCAGAGAUAGGGUGGAGGCCUUUUGUAGCAUAUGUGAGGAGUCUCUAUUUCCUGUGUAGUGUCAAGUUUUUAUCAAGGCGGAGACAUCCAGGUGGCUGGAUUUUCUCUAGUUCGUGGAUAAACUGAUCUGGAAGAAAAAAUGCUAAAAGUGUACUUUAAACAUGAUAUAUUGUACUUUAUGUACUGUCAUUGAGGUUAAAUCUUAUACUGGAAGGCGCGCAAUAGAAUGAAAUUUAGAGUAUUCUAUUAGUUUCUGCUUUCUUCUUAAAUGAUAAGAGAAGCACAAUCUCCACUGAUAAGAAAGUGCCCCUGGUGAGGUUUCUAUGUUUCGUGGUUGAGAGCUUAGCCGAGUUCCUGAUUCUUUAGAGACUGUAGAAAAUGAAGAGUAGACGCUGUGUGUGUGUAUGUGUACACAAGGGAGAAGGGGCCGCUCGAGAUUCAACUUCAUCAGUAGACCCUCUCAACGACUAAGAUGUUAGGGUAAGGAAAAGAUUCGCCUGCACCAGGUUAUGAUUUCCCGUAGUUAACUUCAAAAGUGGUGGGUUAGGUGGUGGAGGCCAGAGAAGAUACAAUUGAAUAAUGUUGGGGAGAGAUUUAAAAAAGUUUGCGUGCACCAGCUUCAUAAUUCAGAGAUAGGGUGCUUUCUACACUCUCCCUAACCUCUUUCUAAAGAGCAAUAGGAAACUUCAUGGCAGAUUCUGAAGAGGAUUCAGUUAGACUUGUCUCCUCCUGUAAAGUAGGCUCAUGAGAAAGCUCAUGCAAAGGGAAACUUGACUAAGCCGUCUCCUGGGGUUCUGUUUGGUAGUCAGCUUGUCUCUCUUUUUAUUUCUAUUGCUCUUGUAGUAAGUGAGAGGAUAUUGUUCAGUCCUUUCUUUCCGAUCUCCAUCCUUCUUCUCCCCAGUAGAUUCACUAGUGGCUCAAUAUCAGGGUAACAUCAGGAGUUACCUGAGGGUAGGGAGACAGUGGAUGUUGCUGGUCUUGAGUAAUCUAACCCUGAGGAGUAUGACUGGAGUAAAAAGACUCGAAGUUAAUGAAAGUGAAAUCCGUUCAAGAUAUACUUCCUCCUAUUUAUUGGAUCAAGACACUUGUACCCCUUUUGAUGUAGAGGAAUAACGAAGAAACAUGGCAUUCUGUUUAUAAGGAAUGAUAUUGUGAGAAUGGCUUCUGUUCAAAAUUUUAGUUUUAGGCAAGUUGGUGUAGUAAGGCACUAGCAGUCUUGAGAAGUAUAAGCACAAGAGAACUCAUGCAUGAUGCCUACAUCUUCCUUGAAGAUGUUAUCAUCCCUUGAAAGCUAUUCCUAUAUGCUAUGGGUUCUGGAAACCUGUACUUGGUUUCUUACCAGAUUCGAAGCAGCUAACAUCUGGAUAUAUAACUGAGUAGUUUCAGUUUGUAUCUUGAACAUUGGUCAAUAGUGUAGCUUUGUACCUGAGAUUUGGUGGUUGGAAUAAUGUCAUACCCUCUUUUUCUAAUCUUGAAAUCAUGGAUAGCAAGAUUGUCGGAUAUGGGAUGAUGCUAACUUCUAUAAUUAUCUAUCGUUAUUAGAUUAUUGUCGGAAACAUUAAAUAUGUACACCGGGGGAAAGCGAAGCGAAGCUAGGUAGAGAAAAAUCAUUUUAGCAAAGAUCUACGGUCAGUCUGAGAUUUAAUUUUGAGAUCCUGCUUAAGGCAGGGAAGGGGAGAAAUUGCAUCAUGGCUUUCCUGGCAACACAGCUGAAGUAUUAAUGAAAGAUAAUACUCGACUUGAGUUUGUUGAUUUCCAGUUGAAAUUAAGCCCAUAUGUGGCUCGCGUUUUAGAUUCAUCUUCUCGUGCCAGAAAACUCCUACUCUUGUACUUUAUUUUUUGCAUUAUUUAUAUUUAUUCCCGUAAACAUAUUUCUUAGUGCUAUUUAUUGAAAAGUUUUCUAUCAUUGUACGUCUAAUUGCCUGAAUACUUUCUAAACGUUUUUCUUUUCGCUGUAGGGUCUCAUUAACCAGCUGAAGGAAGCAGUGCCAGGAAUGCAACAAUCAAUAGUAGAGCUCACAGAAGAAGUUAAUAACACAUAUCGCUUGUUUCCUAUGACUGAGUACAAUGCCAAUUCAGUCCCACAAAUUCAGACCCAAAGUAGUGGACGAGCACUAGUAAGACCUCCAUGAAAUCACUGAAUCUUUCAUUGCCUAACACUAAAAUUUGUAAUAGAAUUCCAAAUUAUUGCGAGUAGUCGAACGAUCAUGCAUCAAUAAACGUACCAUAUAUUGCACGACACCAGGGACAAAGCAAGGACGAGGCUUUUGAGCUGGCUUCAAAAUUAUCCGGCAUUCAACUUGAGAAAUCUACAGCUAGUCCUGCUCUGAGGCUACCCCAGCUAUUUAGUGCCACUCCAAAUUCAUCUGGGAAAGGUGGAAACACAUCAAAACGUCUUCCUGAAGAUAAAAAAAUCAAGCAGCCUUUCUCAAAUGAUCAUGCAGACAAUGAAGGUUUUUAACUUCCUUCUGUUAUUCCAAGUGGCGUGGAUUUUAGAUAUAUCCCUUAGUUUCUCAUAAUUUUUUUGUUUCAUAGUUGUUACAGAUUCUUAAGCUAAUUGUUUUCUUCCUUUAAUAAUUUAACCUUAUCUAUGAAACCUUGUCAAAUCAAAAUUGAUUACUCAUACCUUUCGCUUUUGUGGUAUCUGAAGGUGAUAUUCAUUACAUCCAGAACCUAAAGCAUUCUGUUCGUGAAGCUGCCCUGUCAAUCCAAUCGAGUAACCUUGUCUGUCCACAGGAGAAGGCAGAUGAUGAUAAUUCCGGGCAUUUCUUUUUACCUUUGCCAGUGAGUGGAGAUUCUCGGAGAUGUGAAGAUGCUUCGCCUAAUAUAGGCAGACACCAGCUGCUUUUCUCUCCACUAGAAAGAUGUGAUAUGAAGAACAACGUCAACCAUAAAUUCCCUGAUACAAAAAGCUUGUAUGAGGCACCUGACUCAGCAAAACAUUCCCUUGAAACUGAUGAUCGAGGAAAUGUGAUUAGUAAGCAUUUCCAAACUGGUGAUACAAACUGUACAACUCCGUCCACACAUAUUGCGUUUUAUGGCAUUCAUGGAACUCUUGAUCAAGCCCUUUCGCCUCCCCUAAUGAUGGACUCCUCAUUCUUUCCAGAUACAUAUGAGGACUUGCUUGGUGAGAUCUUUUGUUAAAAAACCCAUUUGUUUUGUUAUUUAUGGCUUCUCUAUUAUACUGUGGUAUUAAGUUUCGUCAACAUUUGAUUGCUGUAUUAUAAUACAAUCAUGACAAUUGAAACCUUGUUUAAUUUUAUGAGAAUGGCAGAAUAUGAUGAUCAUAUUUGAUAACUUGUUCGCUAGUCUAACAGAAACUGAGUUGACAGGCUCACAAGUCAGACUGAUGCAUCAGUUGUGUACAUAUCAAUUAUUUGUCCUUGUGAAGUCUCCUCGCUAUACUCUACUUCCCGACUGUCUACCUCUGCUGUCUGUGAGUAAUCCUCCUCUAAUCAGCUCAUGCUCUUUCUGCAGCACCUCUCUCUGAAACUGAAGCGGCAUUGAUGGAGAGAUAG